UAAAGGAUGAGGCGAGUACAUGCAUGGAGCUACUAUGGUUUCAAUUCAUUUUGAGAACCACUAGCAAGCCCAACAGCUGGAUACAAGGGACACGAGAGUACUAUAUACGCGCAAUGUAUAUUGUUUGAAAUAUUUCCGUGAAGUUGCCGCAGAAUUCUGUCAAUUUCUAGCCGUUGAGCAAGUCACUCAUUUUCAUCCAUAGAGGAAAUCUAAGCUAUCACUGAGACCCAAUAAUGGCGUCGGUACGGUUCACGGUGACGCCCACCAAGGCCGAGGACCUUCCGGGACUGUCGGACACCUCGCCGGACAUCAGUUCCCGGUCCAGCGGCCGCGGCCACGUACGUUUUGGCUCGCGGGAGAGUGUGAACCGCAGUGAACCGCUAAGCGAGGGGUCGGGAGGGCUCACCACAACUGGUGAAAACGAGACGCCUGACAGGACCAGCACAGAGCAAGGAGAUGGCAAUGCCAAAAUGUCCAAUGUCUACAUCAACAACAGUCAUGGGGUGGACGAUGAUGACUUCUACGACCGAAACUUGGCUCUCUUUGAGGAGGAGAUGGACACUAGGCCGAAGGUAUCUUCCCUCCUCAACCGUCUGGCCAACUACACCAACCUGACCCAGGGGGCCAGGGAGCACGAGGAGGCAGAGAGCAUAGGAGAGAAGAGAAAGGCCCACAAGUCUCCCCAGAUGGGUACGUUCAUGGGGGUGUACCUGCCAUGCCUGCAGAACAUCUUCGGGGUGAUCUUGUUCCUGCGUCUCACCUGGGUGGUGGGAACUGCCGGUGUGUUGCAGGCUCUCUGCAUCGUCUUCAUAUGCUGCUGCUGCACUUUACUGACUGCUAUCUCAAUGAGUGCCAUCGCCACCAAUGGAGUUGUACCAGCGGGUGGUUCCUACUUCAUGAUCAGUCGUUCUCUGGGGCCAGAGUUUGGGGGGGCGGUGGGGCUGUGCUUCUACCUGGGCACCACUUUCGCCGGGGCCAUGUACAUCCUGGGAGCCAUCGAGAUCCUGCUGAUGUACAUUGCCCCGUGGGCGGCCAUCUUUGUCUCCAGCGGUCCGGACGGUGAGGGAGCAGCCAUGUUGAACAACAUGAGGGUCUACGGCUCAAUCUUCCUCCUCCUCAUGGCGUUACUGGUCUUUGUCGGCGUCAAAUAUGUCAACAAGCUGGCGUCCGUCUUCCUGGCCUGUGUCAUCAUCUCCAUCCUGUCCAUCUACACCGGAGCGCUGGUCUCCGCCUUCAGUCCGCCCACUUUCCCGGUGUGUAUGCUGGGUAACCGUACCCUGUCAGGACACAUCCUCCAUGAUAGUCCCUGUGCCAAGACCACCCUGCCCAAAGAACCACCCAGACCUGUGGAUGCCAACCUCACACUCGCUGGAAACGGCACGGUGCCCUCAACCUUUGAUCCCUCCCUGCCCUCCUCUGAGGCGACCACGGCCCUGUGGCUGCAGUUCUGUGAAGGCCCAGACCUCAACGCUUCCUGUGACUACUACUUUAACCUCAGCAACAUCUCUGAGAUACCUGGCAUACCAGGCCUGUCCAGUGGAGUUAUCACAGAGAACAUAUGGAGUGUUUACCUCAGUAAAGGGGACGUCCUGGAGAAAGGGUCACUCCCCUCGCCCAGACCCGUCCACCCACCCACCAAUCGGCUGCCAUAUGUCUUCGCUGACAUCACCACCUCCUUCACGCUAUUGGUGGGAAUCUUCUUCCCCUCAGUCACAGGUAUAAUGGCUGGUUCUAACCGGUCUGGGGACCUGAAAGACGCUCAACGCUCCAUCCCCAUAGGAACCAUCAUGGCCAUCCUCACUACCUCCCUUGUCUACCUGAGCAGUGUGGUGCUGUUUGGAGCCUGCAUCGAAGGAGUGGUGCUCAGAGACAAGUUUGGAGACUCUGUAAAGGGAAACCUGGUAGUGGGCACCUUGUCUUGGCCCUCCCCCUGGGUCAUUGUGAUUGGCUCCUUCUUUUCGACGUGCGGCGCUGGCCUCCAAUCACUGACGGGCGCUCCCCGCCUCCUCCAGGCCAUCGCCAAGGACAACAUCAUCCCUUUCCUCAGGGUGUUUGGUCAUGGCAAGGCUAAUGGAGAGCCUACCUGGGCUCUGCUCCUGACAGCUCUGAUAGCUGAGCUGGGAAUCCUCAUUGCUUCUCUGGACCUGGUUGCACCCAUCCUCUCCAUGUUCUUCUUGAUGUGCUAUCUGUUUGUGAACCUGGCCUGUGCUCUGCAGACGCUGCUGAGAACUCCCAACUGGAGACCACGCUUCUCCUACUACCACUGGACCUUGUCAUUUUUGGGUAUGAUCAUCUGCUUGGCGCUGAUGUUCAUAUCGUCAUGGUACUAUGCUAUUGUUGCUAUAGUGAUUGCUGGCAUGAUCUACAAAUACAUCGAGUACCACGGGGCAGAGAAGGAGUGGGGCGAUGGUAUCCGGGGUCUGUCCCUCAGCGCUGCUCGCUACGCCCUCUUGAGGUUGGAAGAGGGACCACCACACACCAAGAACUGGAGACCCCAGCUCUUAGUUCUAUUGAAGUUAGAUGAGGAUGCAUAUGUCAAGUCUCCCCGCCUGCUAACCUUUGCAUCUCAGCUGAAGGCAGGUAAAGGUCUGACCAUCGUAGGGACCGUCAUCACUGGAAACUACCUCCAUAGCUACGGAGAGGCACUGGCUGCAGAACAGACUCUGAAGCACCAGAUGGACAAGGAGAAGGUGAAAGGGUUCUGUCAGUGUAUUGUGGCUAACAAGGCCAGGGAGGGCAUCAGUCACAUGAUCCAGUCCAGUGGGUUAGGAGGGAUGAGGCACAACACUGUGGUUAUGGGCUGGCCCCUGGCCUGGAGGCAGAGUGAGGAUCCACAGUCCUGGAAGACCUUUAUCAGUGAGUACAGGAGAGACACGGUGCGUGUGACGACAGCGGCCCACCUGGCCCUACUUGUGCCCAAGAACAUCUCUCUGUUCCCCGGCAACAGCGAGCCGUGCGCGGAGGGAUACAUUGACGUGUGGUGGAUCGUCCACGACGGGGGCAUGCUCAUGCUACUGCCCUUCCUGCUGAGGCAACACAAGGUGUGGCGUAAGUGUGCGAUGCGUAUCUUCACGGUGGCUCAGAUGGAGGAUAACUCUAUUCAGAUGAAGAAGGACCUGGCUACGUUCCUCUACCACCUCCGCAUAGAGGCUGAUGUUGAAGUGGUGGAGAUGCAUAACAGUGACAUCUCAGCCUACACCUAUGAGAGGACUCUUAUGAUGGAGCAGAGGUCUCAGAUGCUCAGACAGAUGAGGCUGUCCAAGUCUGACCGAGAGAAAGAGGCCCAGUUGGUAAAGGAUCGUAACUCCAUGCUUCGGCUAACCAGCAUUGGUUCUGACGACGAUGAAGACACCGACGGGGGUGGAGGCCCCACAGGAAAUGCCGAAAAGGGAGGAGGAGCAGCCGGAGGAAGGGAAAGGGAUGGAGGGAUGUCAGCCUCGGAGAACAGACGAGUCCACAUGACCUGGACUAAGGAGAAGGCCCUGCAGUACAGAGCUACACACUCCGGCUGUAGUACGCCAGAGGGCUUCAGAGAUAUGCUCAGUAUCAGGCCGGACCACUCCAACGUGCGGCGGAUGCACACGGCCGUCAAGCUCAACGAGGUCAUCGUCAACAAAUCCCAUGAUGCUCGGCUGGUCCUGCUCAACAUGCCGGGACCGCCACGGAACCCAGCCGGAGACGAAAACUAUAUGGAAUUUCUGGAAGUUCUAACUGAGGGAUUGGAACGCGUCCUAUUGGUCAGGGGUGGAGGAAGUGAAGUCAUCACCAUCUACUCCUGAUUUGCUCACACAAACCAGCUAUGUCAGAGCAGCCAAUCACGUGGAAGAGAAUGCUAAGGGAGGUGGGGCUAAGGAGCCCUGGGGGUGUGGCCCCUCUGUCAGACAGCGCAAAGAUGGACUGUCAUUGGCUGCAGCUUGGAUAAACCCCUCCCAUCUCUCCGCUGUCAGUCAUUAUUCCUAGGCUUCCCCAUUCCACUAAAGACAAGCUACAAAAAGCCAACACGAUUCAUCAAGUGAACAUUGAGCGAGAGUUCUCAUAAUGUGUGUCUAAGUGUAUGAGAGAUUUUCAUCUCAACAUAUAAUACAAAAAGGACCAGCCCACGUGACCAGACCAGGAAAACUCCUGGUUAUAGCUGAUAACUAGGGCCCUGAGUUUUCCUCCUGAUCAGGUCACAUGGUCAGGAAAAACUCCUGGCCCCCCACAUAAUGCACAAUAAUAUACAGCAGUGGGAUCAGGAACCAGUGUUUAUGUCCCAAAUGGCACCAUGUUCCCCAUAGUGCACUACUUUUGCACUAAAUAGGGAAUAGGGUGCGAUUUUGGACUUACAGUGUGUAGUAUGAGCGUGUGUGGACCAAUGGAUGAUAGUCAUAAUCUAGUAGACAGACAGACCAUAUAGAAUCUAGAACACCCUGAAACAGUGAGUGUUCCACUGAGUGACUCAGGGGUUAGUUAUAGUAAACGACAACAGGCGCUCGUUUUCCAAAAUUCCAAAAUCCACUUGUCUAACAUGCUAGAGUGAAGCCGUGCAUUCUACGUAGUAUGGAUUAUUGGAACGCAGACCUGAUGAUGAGUGGAUUGUGUGGUACGAGUGUGAGAAAAUGUGUACGUUGUAUGUAUGUACAUUUUGUAGGCUAGAGCUAGACAGAGAAUGGACUUGAUGGACUUGGGUUCAUAUACUAUUUGAAAUAAUUUUAAAUACUUGAGCUAUGCUUGAUGGAACCAACAGAAUAGUGCCAAAACAUGCAAACCCAACGUUUGGUAUUGGUGUCUCCAACCAGGCAAACUAAAGCAGACAGACGCUCAAGAAGAAACAUUUUAAAUAGUACCCAGGUUUUGUGAUAAGUUAUAAUAGCCUGCUGGUCUCUGAUCUGUAUUUGGGUCAUUAUCAUUAAACCAGUUUUAAAAUGUCUGUACCAAAUUGAGUUACAAAACCAUGAUGCAUCUUCAAAAAUCAACUAUCAUUCUGAAGAAUAAGAUGUCUAGUUUUGGGGAAAGUGUUUUAUUUGAAAUAAAUGUUACAUUUUCAUCCCAAAUUCUCAUUACCGAAAUGCGUCUGGAUUAAAUUCUCUGGUCUAUUAAAAAAAUAAUCUUUACAAAAAUUUAACCUAUUUGAAUAAAACACCAAAUAUGUUGCUGUAGUUUGUCCAUAAAUCAUAGAAAUGGUAUACUAGUUGGAGUUUACAUUAAAGUAUAAUAUUUAUUAAGUACAAACAGUGUCUGUGGACGUUUCAUUACUUAUUCAAGUUCCUGUAAAACAUUUUUAAUAAAGUUUUAUUCACCCAUGAUGCAUAAUCUAGAGGAGUAGUCCUUAUAUGAGCACAAGUUAAUUUAUUAGCUUGUAUGCCUUCAGAAUAAGGUUCUUAUUCUCAAACCCCCCCUUUACCCCACUUGGCCUUCUCAUUACUGAAAUGGCUGAAGAGCUCAAAUAGGGGGGAAAAGUAAGAUUUUGUAUUUUAUAAUAAUUGUAUAAUUCUAUUUUCAGUGUUAUGUUUAACUCGGGCCUUUUCAUUAGGGAAGACAUUUAUAAAUAAAAAAUAAAAUAAAAAAUAAUAAUAAUAUAUAUAUAUAUAUAUAUAUAUGUAUAUAUAAUAAUCUAAAUAUUGAUUUGUUUAUGACUUUUUUUUUUACUUUUAAAACUGUUACGGUAAUGAGAAUUUUGUGAAACUGUUGGUAAAAUGCAUAAUAUCUGAUCAAAAAACAAUUAUGAAAUAGAUAAGUACAUAUCCUAAUCUCAUUGAUUUCAAGAGGAUAUUUUGUGAAAAAUUACAACAUUUUGGCGGACAGUUUUGUGAAAAUGACCCAUUUGCUAUAGCCAACUCCUCUAACUAUACAGCCAUAGGAGUUAGUUAAAGCAUAGACAGAUCUGGGACCAGGCUGUCCUUGAGUAGAGAGCGGUGUGAGUAAGACAUUUGUAGUUCAGGACUUGGACUGCAUAAAGGUACAUGUGUUGACAGCAAAGGCUCCUAGUUUAGGUGAAAAUUAUGAUGAUGAUGUCUAUUCCCUAGAUGUGUUUUCUCAAGGCGGGUCCCCAAAUCAAGGCCUACCAAGUCAAAAUCAAGGCCUACCAAGUCAAUAUCAAGGGGGUGAUUCACUUUAAACACAACAGUAGUCAAUUGAAACCAAUUGAAACCAAAUUAUUUUAGGCCUGCCCUGCCUGGUAGGUGAAACACUUGAGUGAGAGAGGUGUGGAAGGUUUUAAGUAUGUAAGGAAUGGAUUGAAGUAUUGUGAAUGAGUAACAGUGUUGUAGGUAGCCAUAUUAGGUGGUGGGGGGGGGUUAUUGUUGCACACUGGACCACCGUUGUAAAGAGACCAUUACCCUGCAUGCUGUUUUAAACAUUGUUUUUACAUUGCACUGUCAGUGAAAGGGAGGGAUUGGAAGUUUGCGUGCGCGCUUGUGUGUGUGAGAAUGAUUAUGUAUGCUGUAUGUGGGUGAGCUGUAUGCUUACACCAAAUAAGGAAAAAGGUGAUUUAAAAAAAUAAAAUAUCUUACGAGUUAUCCUCCCCCUCGCUACCUACCUAUUAGUACAUGCCUGUGCUGUUCCGUCAGCUUCUGCUGUGCUAACUGCCCGUUUAUUUCCCAAAUGGCUACUUCCUUCGUAGUGCACUAUGUUGGGAAUUAGGGUGCCAUUUGGGACACCAGCUGGCGGUAUUUUAUUCCACAAUGCUUGUCUUCGAUCUUCUCAAUGUAUUGACUUUAUUGUACAGGGAUGGAUUCUUUGUGUUCAAUUGUUUUUCCUCCACCAUUUGUUUUUGUUUGUACAUAAAAACUUAGAGAAAUCCCACGUUUUUUUUUUUUUAAAUUACAUGAAUAUAAAACAAUAAAAAAAUGUUGCUUGAGAAAAUGGGAAUAAAACC